AUGGCUGACACUGGUUCGUUUAUUCACCUGGCACGGCCUCUGGGUCCUGCUGCCGUGGGUGUUGCUCCCACCACUGCCCCUCUCAGCGUCGUGAUACAACCACAAGCCAUCUUCUCCAUUCUCGAUCAUUCCCUCCGUCGCAAUGCUGACCAAGAGCGCGUCAUUGGCACCCUUCUCGGCACUCGAUCAGAAGAUGGCGCCGAAGUCGAAAUCCGCAGCUGCUUCGCUGUCGGCCACACGGAAACCACCGAUCAAGUUGAAGUAGACAUGGAAUAUCAGAAGCAAAUGCUUGCGCUGCACUUGAAAGCCAACCCCAAGGAAGUACUCGUGGGUUGGUAUGCGACAUCGUCCGAAUUGAACACCUUUUCUGCGUUGAUUCAGAAUUUUUACGGUAGCCAGGGGGAGGGAACGUGGCCCCAUCCUGCCGUUCAUCUGACCGUUUCUACUGAGCCCGGGAAGGAUAUCGAAACUAGAGCAUAUAUUUCUGCACCAGUAGGCGUGACUGCUGAGCGAGCCGCUGACAGCGCUGCCUUUAUUCCUGUUCCCUAUGAAAUUCGGUAUAACGAGGCGGAAAGGAAUGGCCUAGAGGCUAUUGCCGCUGCAAGAGACACCGAAGACCGGACGUCUACUUUGUUCACCGAUAUCGAAACCUUGGAGAAGUCGAUUGAAGAGGUCCUCGACAUGAUCGAUAGAGUAUCAAAAUAUGUCGAAUCGGUUAUCGACGAGGAAGCCCCCGCUUCAACCGCCCUUGGCCAAUUCUUACUAAACGCGCUGGCUUUGGCGCCAAAGGUUGAUCCGGCUAAUAUCGAGAGUGACUUCAACAAACACAUUCAAGACGUUUUAGUCGUCUCCUAUCUCGCCAACACUAUUCGUACUCAGAUGGAACUCUCCAACCGACUAGCAACCGCUCAGCUUACUCUUGGAGGUGGCGACAGCGGCGCCAUCAGUGGUGGUGCAGGAGGUGAAGCUGGUGGACAGCGAGGCGGCCAGCGCAACAACCGUCAACGUGGUGGCCAACAACGCAACCAACCCGAGGAAUCGCGAGCCUAG